AGAUGAUGCAUUAAGGAUAGAAAUAUAAAUAUGCCAUUUCCAAUUUUAAAAAAUGAUAUUUUCGAGACAGUAACAGUAUCCCCGUCAUCUCAUUUGCACAGUCCCACUUUACAGAUCAAACAAUUUUCUCGAAAAUGUCUGCAGUUCUCACCGCAAAAUCACUCAUAGUCCUCCCGGUUCCUCCCUUGGAUCUGGGUAAUAUGCCCUUUGCUGGGGAAGGAGACCCAGAAGAGACCCUGGAGAAGGCCAAAAUAGAUCGAAAAGUUGGCUCUGCAAUUCAAUACAUUAAUUUUCCACAGGGCAUCCCCCAAGAAGCUCGUGCAACUUUGGUCGAAUAUGAGAAAGCCGUUUUGAACUAUCGCAGCUGGGCGAGUCUCAGAUGGUGGAACACCACUUAUGCCAGUGGUAGUGUGCCUCAAGAUGAAUCUGCAGGAUCAGCUCGAAGCGGAUUGGCUACUGUGCUCGAGUGGCUGAAUAUGAUAUGAAGAAUACUCCCUGGUUAGCAGAAUCCUUCCCGUAUAAUGCGUUGGUUUGAGCUCGAUUCUAAUGAAAUUAAACAGGUUAGCAAUGACCAUGAGUGAAAUUAAGAACAAGACCAUCAAUACUUCGACCAAGACUUUCCACACCGCUCUCGUUGAUGCCAUUCUAGAGGGUUUCGUUUCUGUACCAUCCACUGCAUACAACGAGCUCAAGAAAGUCUUUGAAGUCAUCAAUACCGCUAUUGAGACCAGGGCCAGUGUCAGUGACAAUAUCCAACAAUACAUUUUCUCGCAGCGUUACGAAUACUCACCAGCCACAAAAACCAUUCGGUCAUGUAAGUUCCAGUUGUACCAAUGACUUAUAUCAGAAACAGGGCUAACUUUAUAAAGUCAUUCGUACCUCCAUGUUCGAAAUCACUCAAGAAAUGGUCGAGGUUCACAAAAAGAAAAGUACUUCGACCUCUAUCAAUGCGGCCAUUGCAUACAGCGAGUACGAAGCCCAAUUCAACAUGGAUGACUGGGCUGUGGCUUUUGAUAUGAUUGAAUAAUGGAAGCAGAAGACGAUGGAGGACUUUGUUGUGGAUGCCACUGUUCAGGUUCCUUUCUGAUCAAGAGGAUAGAAAUACUAUAUGUAAGGAUCAAAGGUCCUUAUCAGUCGUGUUAUGAGGGAUCUAAGCAUUCGUAGUGAACUCGAGCUUGGAUUAGGUCAAUGAUGAAAAGCUGCACUUCGUAAAUAUUACUUAUAGUAUUUGAUUC